AUGCAAGAGAAGAAUUCUAAAUAUUAUCAAAAGUUCCUUAAUGAUAUUAAUUCUCUUGAAAUCAACAUUCCACUCCUUGAAGCAUUAGUUGAGAUGCCAAAAUAUGCUAAGUUUCUCAAGGACCUCUUAACAAACCGUAAGAAAAUGGAAGGAUUAUCUAAGGUGGUGCUAAAUGAGACUUGCUCUGCUGCAAUGCUAAACAUGUUACCAAAGAAUAUGGGUGAUCCAAGAAGCAUAAUUUUUCCAUGCCAAUUCGGGAACCUAGAAACUAGUCAUGCUCUAGCCGACUCAGAAGCAAGUGUUAAAUUGAUGCCCUACUCAUUCUUUAAGAAACUCGAUCUCCCUGAACCAAGACUGGUCUACAUGGUCAUCCAUUUAGCCAAUAAGACCACAACCUUUCCAAGAGGAAUAUGUGAAGACUUGCUAGUAAAAGUUGACAAUUUUUUUCCCAUAAAUUUCAUUGUUUUAGACAUGGAGGAAGAUGAACAAGUCCCAAUCAUCAUUGGAAGGCCCUUCUUAAGCACCGCCCAAGCCUUGGUGGAUAUUAGAGAGUCCAAAAUCACUCUUCGAGUUGGACAAGAAGUAGUCACUUUUGGAGUGAAUAAAGCAAUUCAAGAUUCAAGAAUAAGUGAUUACAUGGCUAUUUCGGUUGAUGUUAUUGAUGAUGUACUUGAAAAAGGGCUAGGUGUAAAACCUGUUCUAGGUAUUACUUAA